UAAACAGAGAGAGUAAGGAAGACAAAAAGGGCUGAAAAGAAAAGAAAAAAAGGAAGAGGGGGGGCAGUUUAAUUAAGAUGGUGGGAGCAAAAAAAAUACAAGUUUAAUUUGAUCAAAAAGAAGAAACCAACUGACUUUGAAGCCCCCUUUUUUUGCUCUCUUAGGGGAUGUUUAUGUUUGAUCCAACUAAUUAUUAUAUCCAAACUACACUCCUUUUUCCAAUCCAAUCUGCUUCUUCUUCUUCUUCUUCUUCUUCUUCUUCUUCUUCUUCUUCUUCUUCUUCUUAUUCACUUCCAGGGUUAGGUGUGAAGAAGAGAAAGGAUGAACUCAUCAUCCACUAAAUUUUACAAUCCAGGAAGGAUGGGACUCUAUGAACCUAUCCACCAUAUUGGAAUGUGGGGUGAAACUUUUAGAGCCAAUGCCAAUUUAGAUCCACCCUCCUCUUUUAUCAUCGAAGCUGAUCCCAAAUUAGAAAAUCAGUCAGAUGAUGCUUCACUUGGCUCACUUGGAGAUCCUCACGUAUAUGACCAAGAUGAUACCAAACGAAUUGAUAAGAUUCAAAGAAGGCUGGCACAAAAUCGGGAAGCAGCUCGCAAAAGUCGCCUACGGAAAAAGGCUUAUAUUAAGCAAUUGGAAACAAGCCGCAUAAAGCUCAUUCAAUUGGAGCAAGAACUUGAAAAGGCAAGACAACAAGGUCUCUUGGCUGGAUCCCGAUUUGAUAAUAACCAAUUGGGUUUAUCAGGAACCACAAAUUCAGGCAUCUUCGCAUUUGAAUCAGAGUAUGAGCAAUGGGUGGAAGAGCAGAACAGGCAGAUUUGUGAUCUGAGGACUGCUGUGCAUGCUGAUAUUACUGAUAUCGAGCUUCGAAUACUCGUGGAAAAUGCAAUGAGACAUUACUUUAAAUUUUUUCGCAUGAAAGCUAAGGCUGCAAAAGCCGACGUCUCUUACAUAAUGUCAGGCAUGUGGAAGACAUCCGCCGAAAGACUUUUCUUAUGGAUAGGAGGAUUUCGCCCUUCAGAACUUCUCAAGGUUUUGAUACCUCAGCUGGAGACAUUAACCGAACAACAAAUUUCAGAAACGGGUAGCCUUAGAAAAUCGUGUCUACAGGCAGAAGAUGCUCUUAGACAAGGUAUGGAAAAACUACAACAAAAUCUAUUUGAGAGCGUAGUGGCUGGUCAGCUAGGUGAAGGAAGUUAUCCCCUACAGAUGACUGCUGCAAUGGAGAGAUUAGAAGCGCUCGUUAGCUUUGUGAAUCAGGCUGACCAUCUACGACAGGAAACAUUGCAACAGAUGUACAAAAUUCUAACGACUCGACAAUCUGCUCAAGGCCUUCUUACACUGGGGGAGUUUUUCCAACGACUCCGAGCAUUGAGCUCACUUUGGGGUAAUCGUCCUUGUGAGCCUGCAUAGUUCAUUAUCCAACAUUUGGCAAGCUCAAGGUUGCUUCAUGAUUAUCCUAAAAGGAUAUGCAGGCGUCGUGGAAAUGUAUUGGUAUAAGAUUUAUAAUCAAGGAUGCAAAGCCAUACCAUUUUGCAAGUCCUACCACGCCCAUUUGUAAAUAUUGAGAAUCUUAUCGAGAGAAAAAAUUGUAAGUAUAAUUGAUUUUUGUAAUCUAUUGUAUUGCCAAGUUGUCUUAAAUAUAAUCUAUUUAGUGUUAAUAUAAUCAAUCUUCAGGUUGAACAUUUUUGUGAUA